UACUGUAUGCUUGUGAAGGACAAUUGGCGAAAUUAUGGAAAGUAAAUAAUAGUAUGAUACCUACGCUAUUAGGUUAUGAGAAGAACUUAAUGAUGGUGGAUAAGCUCCUACAGCCAUUACUAGAAGAAUAUAGCACAA